UGUAUGAAACAGUUGCACACUUUGCACUAAAAACUCUCUCAAUCCUUAAAUAAAAAGUUUUCAACUUUUGAAUGAUACCCCAUAUAUUUGGGUUUUUGUGAAUCAGUAAUAGCUGGCAAUUUAUUGGUACCCUUUUUAAGCAAGUCAGCAACUGCUAGGAUCCUCGAGGGAUUCGGAUUCGGAGAGAGACCGAGUACAAAUACCUCAUAACAAGGUUGAGAAGAUCAAGAGUUUCACAGAGAGAUCCAAAAACUGAGAGAGAGAGAGAGAGAGAGAGAGCUAUGGAGAGGAGGAGGCAUGGAGAACAAGAUUUGGAGAGAAACACGGUGGAUGGAAUCGAUGGAGGAGGAGGAGGAGGAAAAGGAGGGCGGAUAAUGGUGGAGGAUGCGUUUAAGGGCACAGAGAUUCCUUCAUGGACAAAGCAGAUCACUUUAAGGGCAAUGGUCACAAGCUUUGUGUUAAGCAUUGUGUUCAAUUUCAUUGUGUGUAAGCUUAAUCUGACAACUGGUGUUAUACCCUCUCUCAACGUUGCUGCUGGUCUAUUGGGUUUCGCAAUCCUCAAGUCUUGGACUACUUUUCUUGGGAAAGUUGGGUUCUUGAAACAGCCCUUCACAAGGCAGGAAAACACUGUCAUCCAAACAUGUGUCGUUGCCUCUUCUGGGAUUGCUUUUAGCAGUGGUACUGCUUCUUACUUGCUGGGCAUGAGUCCAAAGGUCGCGGCGCAAUUGGAUGAAGGAAACACCCCAAAUAAUGUGAAGGCACUCUCCCUUGGUUGGAUGUAUGGAUUUCUGGCUGUUGUCAGCUUUGUUGGCUUGUUUUCCAUUGUGCCCCUCAGAAAGAUGAUGAUCCUCAAGUACAAGUUGACUUAUCCUAGUGGAACAGCAACUGCAUACCUAAUCAACAGUUUCCAUACACCCAAAGGAGCCAAGCUAGCAAAGAAGCAAGUGUUUAUGCUGUUUAAGACCUUUGCUAUUAGCUUUCUGUUUGCGUUUUUCCAAUGGUUCUUUACGGCUAGCGAUGACUGUGGAUUUGCUAGCUUCCCUACUUUUGGUCUACAAGCUUAUGCCCAUAGGUUCUACUUUGAUUUCUCAUCAACAUAUGUUGGGGUUGGAAUGAUAUGCCCUUACAUGGUAAACGUUUCUUUGCUUCUUGGAGCUGUUAUCUCAUGGGGAAUCAUGUGGCCAUUGAUUCAGAAAAAGGAAGGUAGCUGGUAUAAAGCUGGCUUAGGUGGUAGCAGUCUCCAUGGCAUCCAAGGAUACAGGGUUUUUAUCGCUAUUGCUACGAUGCUUGGUGAUGGUCUAUACCAUGCAGUAUCGAUGUUAAUCAAAACAUUAUUCAGUCUUGCAACUCAAAAAUCCAGUGAGAAUACCGUUAAUCCUCAAUUUUCAGACCAUAGCACUGAGAUAGUAAACUAUGAUGAACAAAGAAGAACUGAGUACUUCUUGAAGGACCAGAUACCAAUAUGGGCAGCUGGUCUAGGGUACCUUGUUCUUGUUUUGAUUUGCGUAUUCGUUGUGCCGACAAUUUUCCCUGGAUUAAAAUGGUAUCACAUAUUGGUUGCUUAUGCAAUUGCUCCAGUUCUAGCCUUCUGCAAUGCCUAUGGAUGUGGCCUCUCUGAUUGGUCUCUCGCCUCCAACUAUGGAAAGUUUGCAAUCAUCAUUUUCAGUGCUUGGGUUGGACUCGAGCAUGGUGGUGUUCUUGCUGGUCUCGCUGCUUGUGGUGUGAUGAUGAGCAUUGUUUCCACAGCAUCUGAUCUAAUGCAAGACUUCAAGACAGGAUAUCUAACCCUUUCGUCCCCUCGCUCUAUGUUCUUUAGCCAAGUUUGUGGUACUGCAAUGGGUGUUAUUCAAACACCUAUAGUCUUCUGGAUAUUCUACAAAGCUUAUCCGAUUGGAGACCCCAACGGUACCUAUCCAGCACCCUACGGACAAAUUUAUCGUGGCAUUGCCCUUCUUGGAGUAGAGGGUGUCUCAAAGCUUCCAAAGAAUUGCCUUGCACUAUCGAUUGGAUUCUUCUUUGGUGCCAUUGUUAUCAACCUUGUUCGCGAUAUUUUACAGCGCUAUGAAACCAAAUACAAGCUCUAUAGGUUUGUUCCUAGUCCUAUGUGUUUGGCUAUUCCAUUCUACCUUGGUGGGUACUUUGCCAUUGACAUGUGUGUUGGGAGUCUGAUUCUAUUUCUGUGGGAGUAUAAGAACAAACAGAAGGCCACUGACUUUGCACCAGCGGUGGCGUCGGGGCUGAUUUGUGGUGAUUCUUUGUGGGGAAUUCCUGCUGCUGUACUCUCCCUGUUAAAUAUUCAGCCUCCUCUCUGCAUGAAGUUCUUAUCUCGAUCGGUUAACGCCAAGGUUGAUGGCUUCUUGAGUGGUUAAUUAGUAAUACUGCUACUCUUGGUUUGGUAUGGUUUUUGUAAAAUACAGCUUAUGGUUUCUUCUGCUGUUGUUUGCUUCUAUGUAUUGGAUUUUCUGGGUUUGCUUAAAAUGAAGGAUUGAUAGCAGGAAAGUUUAUUUAUGUUCAAGAAGUUGUAAAUCAGUUGGUUUUCCUUCACACUCUUCAUCUAAUUUCAUAGUUUGUGAUGCUUUUGUCAAUGCCAAAGAAUUAUUUAUA